GGCUUUACUCAAGAGCAUGUCCAGCUGACCUCAUCAUAUAAUCAUGCUAUCGGCAUGUGUUGUCUAUUUUGUAAUUUGUAUCUAUUUCAUCAUUUCUUCCAACUUGGUAACGGCUAACGAUCAAUGGCUUAAGCGAGCAGGUGAAACAUCUUCUCCCUCAGAUUCAUUCUUUAAUCUAGAGAACGAUGCAUUUGCACAGGAGUUAGCCAGCAAAUAUGGAAAAGCAACUGUUCAACCUCAUCAUUCAGGAAUUGGUCAUGCAGCCGUUCAACCUCAGCAUUCAGGUACUGCUUAUGCAACCAAUACGGAGAAAGAUGAAGAGGUUGCGUCAAAAUUACAGAUUUCAAAUCGACCGUAUGUCUAUAUCCCGAGGAAGCACUCCUCACAGUACGCUAAAUCAGUAACAGCAAAAAGAUUUCGCCAAUAUUUAAGUAACAUACGGGCUGAUCCAAAAAGACUUCAGGAAUAUCGACAUAAAAAACACAUUGCUCAUUCUCAAGUAUUGUCAAAAGCAGGCAAAAGAGGUGUCACACCUUCUUCGCCGUCUGAUUCAUUCUUUGACUUCAACGAUGACCCCUUCGCCCAUGAAUUAGCUCACACCUUCACAAAGCAAGAUCAAGCUUCUCCUACCUCUGUAAAUAAAGAAUCACCCAGCUUGAACAAGGCUCCGACUAUCAAGCAUGGAGAAGAAACCGCUUCGAAAGCUAAGGGAAAGAAGAAAACUAGAGGAAAAACGAAAAAUAGAACAUACGUUUAUAGACCUAAAAAAAAAGAAGGAGAGUAUAUCAAAGAUUGGCAAGCAGAAAGAGUACGAAUUUAUCAAGCAGAAUUACGAGCGGAUCCCGUAAGACGAGAAGCUCAAUUACAAAAUAAAAGAAACUACUAUUAUCAAAAAAAAGCAAGUCUUCCACAAAAACCAAAGUAUAAAAAGUUUGGUGAAAAAUUGAUGCCGAUGAAAGAUUUGAUUCAAAUGGAGAAAAAUGGAACCCUCACUGAAACUUACUAUGCUCAAUUGAAGCAUUUGCGAACGUUACGUCGAUUAUCCAAUGAGCGAAGUCAAAAAAAGCUUAUUGCACAAAAACAAUCCGUCCAGUCAGAAGAUAGAACAAAGCCAAUCGAAAAGUUCAUUCUUGUCAGGAGAAGUGUUCAGCCUUCUUCUCCAUCUAACUCAUUCUUUGAAUUCGAAAAUGAUCCCUUUGCUCAUGAACUAGCUCAUACGUUUGUAAAGCAGGUACCGUCAUCUCCCAUUUCUAUCAAAAAAGGAUAUCCUAUCUCUAGCAAACCUAGACAUGUUGAACAUGGAGAAGAAGCGAGCUCGAAACCAAAGAAACCAUACGUUUAUAGGCCCAAAAAAAAAGCCUCAGAGUACAGCACAAAUGAGCAUGUAAUAAAAAUGCGUGCUCGUCAGGCAGAGAUACGAUCGGAUCCUGCAAAACGCGAAAUUUAUUUACAGCAGAAGAAAGACUAUCGCAGGAAUCAAAAAGCAAAUCUUCCAUCAGGAAGAAAACAUCGGAAAUUUAGCGAAAAUCUAUUACCGAUGAAAGAUUUGAUUCAAAUGGAGAAAAGUGGAACGCUCAAUGAAACACACGAUGCACAAUUGAAACAUUUACGAAGACAACGUCACUUAUCCAAUAAAAGAUAUCAGAAAAAGAACAAUGCAGAAGCAAAACCCGCGGACACUUUUACUGCUAAAAAAUCAUCUUCACCUGCUUCUGCAAGCAAAUCGUGGGAUCAUACCCCUUCUGAACACAGCGAUGCGAAUGCUUCAAAGACAACGAAAAGAAAACAACCUUAUGUCUACAGACCAAGGAACAUGGAUUCAGAGUAUGUUAAUAAUGAUUCGGCAAAGAGGGCACGCGGUCAUCAAGAGCGAAUGCGUUUGGAUCCAAAAGUACAUGAAGCAUAUCGAAUUCGAAGGAGAGAAGCUGCACGAGCGAAGAAGGGAACAGAUUAUAAGAAAAACAAUAUGAUAUUCAAUAAACCCCUGACUCCAUUAACACAAUUGAUAGCGCUAGAAAAAGCAGGUCAAAUCAACGAACAACAAAAAUUGGAGCUUGCUCAUCAACGAAAGCAAAUUGGACUACGAAGGUUCUUAUGGUUUUAUGAUUAUCACCUUACUCAAAUUGAAGUUGGUCCAGUGUCUUGCAUUCAAUGGCAAUAUCGAAGCACGUUAAGAUUAAUCAAAAGGACUCAUACACCAUCCCCACCUUCGGAUGAGUUUUUUAACUUUGAUGAUGAACCUUUUGCUAAACAAUUAGCAGAUAAAUAUACCGCCCAAGAAUCGUCCUCGUCCGUAACUGCUGACAAAUCAGGGGAUCAAAACGUUUCUGAAAGUCAAGAUGGAAAAGCAAUAAGACCAAGGAAGCAUAAAGUGCCUUAUGUCUAUCAACCAAGAAAGGAUGAAUCACAGUAUAGCAAAAAUGAAACGGCAAAGAAGGCACGAAACUAUUUAAAGCGAUUGCGUUUUGACCCAGAAAAAAAUGAAGCACGUCUGGCGCAAAGGAGAGCAGAACGACAAAGCUUCAAGAUAACAAGACCGAAGAAGGCCUACAAAAUUUUCGGUAAAGCUCUAACUCCUAUGAAACAAUUGAUAGCGCUGGAAAAGACUGGGAAGAUUAAUGAGGUGCAAUCAUUGGAGCUUAGUCAUCAAAGAGCAGAUCGGAGCGCAAGUUAUAGAAGAUCGAGAGAUAAGCGAAAGAAAUCUAUGUAG